ACGUCACAUUUAAGCGACAAAAUGACCGUUAUCAAAGUCGAAAAACUCGGAAAACGGUGAACACAACGUCGUCUCUGAAAGUUUAUGUGUCUGUUGAGCUCCGACUAAAACGUAUUCUUGCUGCGCUCUCAUUCAAUAUUUCUUCGGCGUUGCUGCUCGUAGUUUACAGUCGAAUACACCGAGUGGUGCUCUUUUCAAAUUUCGCGCUGUUAGCGCCGCCUGUGCAGAGAUUAGCCGGCUAGCCCCGUUAGCUAGUUACCGGUGAACUGACGCAGGAACACGAAGUUCCGUAAAGUACAAAUGUGUGUACCGAGUUGUCGCGGAGUUGUUUAAAAGAUGGAGGUGACGGACAUUGGGAAUAAAGAAGAGGGGAAAGUCUGGCAUCGAAAACCAACAGCAGGCAAAGGUGUGUUAGUGACGGUGGCCCGCACUGCUCAGCAGGGCAAGACGGUGCGUUUCCUCCACGUGGCCUUUGACACCACUGGAGAUUCCUUUCUGGCUGGAGAUCACCAUGGCAACAUCUAUGUCUUUGACAUCAGCAGAAACAGAUUUCGUCUGGUGCAGAAGACAGGACAGGCCUGCACUGCUCUGGCUUUCACCCUCCGCAGGACCACAGAGUUCCUUGUGGCGCUGGCUGACUACACUGUCAAGUGCUUCGACAAGGACACAAAGCAGCUGGUCAGUUGGAUGCGAGGUCACGAAGGAGCAGUUUCAUCCGUCUCUGUCCACAGCUCGGGCCGAUACGCCGUCACCACGUCCUCAGACACCGCCCAGCUCUGGGACCUGGACACCUUCCAGAGGAAGAGGAAGUUGAACAUCAGACAGUCUGUUGGCAUACAGAGGGUGUUUUUUCUGCCUCACAGUAACACCAUCCUCAGCUGCUUCAGUGAUGACUCCAUCUUUGCCUGGGAGAGCGACACACUGUUCUGCAAAUACCAGCUCCCUGUUCCUGACUGCGGACCUAAAGUCUCCUACAAGGCCUUUGCUGUCACACGUGAUGGUAAGAGACUUGUAGCAGGCGGCCGCUCCAACCUGCUGCACAUGUGGUGUCUGGACAGCCAAGAGCUGGUCAGGGUGAUUCAGAUGCCCACGCAGGUCCGAACUGUCAGACAACUUGAAUUUCUGCCUGACAGCUUUGACGGAGGAGCCAGCCAGACACUAGGUGUACUGAGCCAGGAUGGUGUAAUGCGUUUCAUCCACAUUCACACCUGCAAGCUGCUUUUCCACAUGGGAUCCCAUGAUGGCGCCAUCACCACAGUGGCGGUCAGCCCUAACGGCAGACAUGUUGUGGCCAUCAUGGAUAAUGGCAGCAUAAAUAUCUACAAUGUCCAGUGUCUCACACAGGAAUUAAACAAGCCUCCUCCCUCCAGGGUGGCAGUAGUCUCAGAUGGUGACCAGGAAUUGUCAAACCUAAAGGUCAGGGUCAGGUCAGAGGUUGUCCAAAGACCUGCCAUGAGCUUGGCUAGGAAACAGGUGAAGGUACUCAGACCUCCUGCUGUGUCUACAGCUGAUGAUAAAGAGAACGAACUUCCAGCCGGUCUGAAUAAGAAGAGACUCGUGGCUCUCCUGAAGACCUUUGGAGAAUUUCCUGCCAAAUACAGGAUGUUUGUGUGGCGGUCUUUGCUUUGUCUCCCAGAGAACCAUGCAGCAUACAGCAGUCUGACUGAUAAGGGCCUGCAUUCAGCCUACCUCACCCUGCACAACAGAUACCCCAUCAAGAGCCUCAAGUUACAGAGAGGACUUCAGAGGGUUUUGUCUGCUUUAGGCCACUGGGCAGCCAUCUUUGGAGAGGUGGAGUACCUUCCCCUGGUGGCCUUCCCCUUCGUCAAGCUCUUCCAGAACAACCCGAUACUCUGCUUCGAGGUGGUGGCUACUGUCAUAGUGAACUGGUGCCAGCACUGGUUCGAGUACUUCCCCAACCCUCCUCUGAACAUCCUGAACAUGGCGGAGAACGUUCUGGCUCAUCAUGACAAGGAGCUGUUGCAACAUUUGGUGGACUGUGGCAUCACUUCACAGCUCUAUGUGUGGCCCCUGCUGGAGACCUUGUUCUCAGAGGUUUUGACUUGUGAUGAGUGGCUCCGACUCUUUGACAACAUUUUCUCGAACCAUCCAUCUUUCCUGAUCAUAACCUGUGUGGCCUACAUCACCUGCUGUCGUGAGCCGCUGCUUCUCUGCUCCCAGAAACAGGAUUUUGAGUAUUUCUUUCACCAUCGUAACAACCUGGACGUGGGAGCCAUGAUAAAGGAGGCCUACCGGCUGCUGAGCUGCACGCCUGCGGACAUCCAUCCCAGGACUCUGCUGUCGGACUUUACACCACUGACCAAGGGCCAGUACCCCGUGUUCAACCACUACCCAGAAUUCAUAGUGGAAUAUCAGAGCCAGGAAAGGGAGAAGAUACGGUUGCAGGAGAAGGAGUAUCUCCGUGAGAGGCAGGAGGUGUCGGCACUUCGGGCAGAUUUUGUGCGUCGUAAUGCUGAAGAGGAGACGUAUUACACUCAACAGGAACUGCUACAGAAGGCGGAGGAACAGCGCAGAAAAAUCCUGGCACAAGAAGAGGAAAAACUAUCACAGCAGAGAACAAAGUUGACCGCCAUGAAGAGAGAGCUGAAGGUGAAGGAGAUUCAGCUGCUGGACGCAAGUAGAAGACGCUUCCUCAAACACCAACAAGACCUGAGAGCCUCACAGAUACAAAGACUGGACCAGGAGAUCGGUAGAAAGAUGGAUCUCCGAGAGAGAGAAACGGCCGCAGCUGUCGAGGACCUGGAGGUCAGACAGAUGGAGCUGGAGGCUCAGAGGAAACGACUUGAACAGCACAUGUUGAAGGAGCAGGAGCACGUGGGGCGGGAAGUGGAGGAGGAGGUGGAGAUGAGGAUGAGGAAGGCGGAGAGAGAGGAGGAAAGCUUCACAGAGCUGCUGCACCGCACAGAGACCAACAUGCAGAGCCUGGAGGAAUCCCUGGCGGAUGCGUGCCAGCUGGGCCUGGAGUCGGACUGGCAGAGGGACGUGGCGGAGCGCCUGCAGCGGGUGGAUGCCGAGCAGGAGAGGAAGAGGGAGCGGCUGGCAGCGCUUCACAGGCAGACCCUGGCGGAGGAGGAGAGGUUGGCUGACACCAUGAGGGAUGUGGCAGGAAGAAAGUGGGAUGAGGUGAUGAGCAGUAGAGCCCAGUUACAGGAGCAGCGAGAGGGCUGGUCUUCAGCAGACGCAGAUGAGCAUACGAGACAUACAAGGAUGAGGUCACCAGGUUGGACUGGAGGACUCCCACAUAGACCCGGCGCUGGCGCCAGCGCUGCUCAUGUUGGAACCAACGGUGCCGGUCGACCAAUCAGACCCAACACUGCAGCCACUCCGAGGCAGGCGGGUACCAACACGGUGUGUCUGAACAGCAGCUCACCGUCCGAGAGCACCGCCACCAACUUCUCUCUGGACCGAGGCCGGGCCAAGCUGGACAGCGGCGAGAGAGAACUGCUGAAGGAAAUCAGAGAGCUGAGACAGAAGCUGGCGGCCAGAGGCCGAGAGGGAAGCUCCGCCUCAUCACAGUCUGUGCGCACACUGUCCUCCGUCUCCCAGUGACCACAAACUGCUCUGCAUCGUCACAACGCCACAAAAAACAUAUUUUCCUCUCAAGCGAGCUAAGAGUCGAGCUGAGGACUGUACUGACGAGCUGCUAUUGGUCUUUAUCAUCAGCCACCAUCUCAUGAGAAGCAUCUACUUCAGUUAAACCUCUGGAUUUAUUAUCACUACACCUUCUAUUUAAUGUUAAUCUGUGGUCGUUUUUUAUUGAUGCAUUGAUUCUAUGUGGAUAAGGACUCAUACAGUUUUGUCAAUGGUUCUCCAUUUUGGAUUUUUAUUACAUUCUCUAACCCUCUAAA